AGGAAGAGGAGGCUUUCUAAGGUGAUCGCUCCGGGAAAUUUGGGCUCUAGGAUUGUCCAUUCAGCCCAGUAUCAGCGAGAUACGGGGAGACAGAGUCAGCGACAACGUGAGCCCGAGCUGGAGCAGGUUUGGUGCGAGACCAGAAGGCAAUGGAGGCCCGAGAGGGGAAGGAGCGCGUUCCGAAACAAAGGCAAGUCCUGAUAUUCUUUGUUUUGCUGGGCAUAGCUCGGGCCAGUUCCCAGCCUAGGCACUAUUCAGUGGCUGAGGAAAUGGAGAGUGGCUCGUUGGUGGCCAAUUUGUUAAAAGACCUGGGGCUGGAGGUAAGAGAACUUGCCGUGAGGGGGGCCAGGGUCGUUUCCAAAGGAAAAAAAAUGCAUUUGCAGUUCGAUAGGCAGACCGGGGAUUUAUUGUUAAAUGAGAAAUUGGACCGGGAGGAGCUGUGCGGCCCCACAGAGCCGUGUGUCCUACCUUUCCAGGUGUUACUAGAAAAUCCCUUGCAGUUUUUUCAGGCGGAGCUACGAAUUAGGGACAUAAAUGAUCAUCCCCCAGUUUUCCUGGACAAAGAAAUACUUUUGAAAAUUUCGGAGAGUAUCACUCCUGGAACUACUUUUUUAUUAGAACGCGCCCAGGACUUGGAUGUAGGAACCAACAGUCUCCAAAAUUACACAAUCAGUCCCAAUUUCCACUUCCACCUUAAUUUACAAGACAAUCCCGAUGGGAUAAUAUUACCACAGCUGGUGCUGGAUAGAGCCCUGGAUCGCGAGGAGCAGCCUGAGAUCAGGUUAACCCUCACAGCGUUGGAUGGCGGGACUCCACCCAAGUCCGGCACGGCCCUGGUACGCAUUGAAGUUGUGGACAUAAAUGACAACGUCCCAGAGUUUGCAAAGCCGCUCUAUGAGGUGCAGGUUCCGGAGGACAGCCCCGUUGGAUCCCAGGUUGCCAUCGUCUCUGCCAGGGAUUUAGACAUUGGAACUAACGGAGAAAUAUCUUAUGCAUUUUCCCAAGCCUCUGAAGACAUUCGCAAAACAUUUCGAUUAAGUGCAAAAUCGGGAGAACUCCUUUUAAGACAGAAACUGGAUUUCGAAUCCAUCCAGACGUAUACAGUAAAUAUUCAGGCGACAGAUGGUGGGGGCCUAUCUGGAACUUGUGUGGUAUUUGUCCAAGUGAUGGAUUUGAAUGACAAUCCUCCGGAACUGACCAUGUCCACACUUACCAAUCAGAUCCCAGAAAACUUGCAGGACACCAUCAUUGCUGUAUUCAGCGUUUCAGAUCAAGAUUCCGGAGAUAACGGAAGAAUGGUGUGCUCCAUCCAGGAUGACCUUCCUUUCUUCUUGAAACCUUCUGUGGAGAACUUUUACACUCUGGUGUUAAGCACAGCCCUGGAUCGGGAGACCAGAUCCGAAUAUAACGUCACCAUCACUGUCACAGACUUGGGGACACCCAGGCUGAAAACCGAACACAACAUAACCGUGCUGGUCUCCGACGUCAAUGACAACGCCCCCGCCUUCACUCAAACCUCCUACACCCUGUUCGUCCGCGAGAACAACAGCCCCGCCCUGCACAUCGCCAGCGUCAGCGCCACAGACAGAGACUCCGGCAGCAACGCCCAGGUCACCUACUCGCUGCUGCCGCCCCAGGACCCGCACCUGCCCCUCGCCUCCCUGGUCUCCAUCAACGCGGACAACGGACACCUGUUCGCCCUCCGGGCGCUGGACUACGAGGCCCUGCAGGCGUUCGAGUUCCGCGUGGGCGCCACAGACCGCGGCUCCCCGGCGCUGAGCAGCGAGGCGCUGGUGCGCGUGCUGGUGCUGGACGCCAACGACAACUCGCCCUUCGUGCUGUACCCGCUGCAGAACGGCUCCGCGCCCUGCACCGAGCUGGUGCCCCGGGCGGCCGAGCCGGGCUACCUGGUGAGCAAGGUGGUGGCGGUGGACGGCGACUCGGGCCAGAACGCCUGGCUGUCGUUCCAGCUGCUCAAGGCCACGGAGCCCGGGCUGUUCGGCGUGUGGGCGCACAAUGGCGAGGUGCGCACCGCCAGGCUGCUGAGCGAGCGCGACGCGGCCAAGCACAGGCUGGUGGUGCUGGUCAAGGACAAUGGCGAGCCCCCGCGCUCGGCCACCGCCACGCUGCACGUGCUCCUGGUGGACGGCUUCUCCCAGCCCUACCUGCCGCUCCCGGAGGCGGCCCCGGCCCAGGCCCAGGCCGACUCGCUCACCGUCUACCUGGUGGUGGCGUUGGCCUCGGUGUCGUCGCUCUUCCUGUUCUCGGUGCUCCUGUUCGUGGCGGUGCGGCUGUGCAGGAGGAGCCGGGCGGCGUCGGUGGGUCGCUGCUCGGUGCCCGAGGGUCCCUUUCCGGGGCAUCUGGUGGACGUGAGCGGCACCGGGACCCUGUCCCAGAGCUACCAGUACGAGGUGUGUCUGUCAGGAGGUUCUGGGACAAAGGAGUUCAAGUUCCUGAAGCCGAUUAUCCCCAACUUCCUUGCUCAGGGUGCAGAGAGGGUUAGCGAGGCAAACCCCAGUUUCAGGAACAGCUUUGAAUUCAGUUAAGUGUUAAUAAGGUUCUAUUAAGCCUCAUCUCAGUUUUUCUGUGGAAAGUCCCUUUUUACUUUUUGCCCAUUGUUGAGGUCUCUUUUGAUCUGGUUCAAGGCGAGUCACUGGAGUAGAGCAAAAUUCCAAA